CAUUAGUCUAAUGAUUUAUAGAUUUUCUUUUCCAAGGUUUGCUAACAUAUUGUCUGUGAAGACUAGGGUUUUUGGAUGACUUGACGAAGCUCCGCUGCCCAACAGAGACAAGAGAGAGUGAAACGAAAUGAGCCGGAGCCUUGGGAUUCCGGUGAAGCUUUUGCACGAGGCGGCGGGACACGUCGUGACAGUGGAGCUUAAGAGCGGCGAGCUCUAUAGAGGUAGCAUGAUCGAGUGCGAGGACAACUGGAACUGCCAACUCGAGAACAUCACAUACACCGCCAAGGAUGGUAAAGUGUCACAACUUGAGCAUGUUUUCAUCAGAGGAAGUAAAGUCAGAUUUAUGGUCAUACCUGAUAUGCUAAAGAAUGCUCCAAUGUUCAAACGUUUGGAUGCAAGAAUCAGGGGCAAAGGAUCUUCUCUUGGUGUUGGGCGUGGCCGUGCAGUCGCAAUGCGUGCAAGAGCUCAAGCUGCUGGUAGGGCUGCGCCUGGUCGAGGUGGCCCUCCUCCACUCAGGAGAUAGUCGAAUUUCUAUAUGAAUUAUUGAUUUCCACUAGUCAGGAGUUAGUCAAACUUCUUUAUGCGGAAAAUUGAAUUGCUUUAUUAAGUUGUUUUUGAAAGAAGCCAUGUAGAUUAUUUUACUGUUCUCACAUUUCUGAAUCUAAUGGUUGCCUGUUUUUGAACCUUUUUUUUUCAUUAUUUAAAGAUCUGCUCCUUACCUCAACCUCCAAA